UUUAAAUUGUCGCAAAAGCAAAUUCUUGGAGUCAUUGGACACUAGUUAUAUCUUCAAAUCAUUUAUAUAAGUACAGAUGAUUGCCCUUUUAGAUUAGAUGGUUAUAGAGAAUGUUGAAUUCCAAUUAGCUUGUAUGAAAAUCAGAUGCACUUCCCCUCCAAGUUAGUUAGUUUGGGUUAGUGUGAACACUAACUAUACAAUAGUACUCCGUCCCGGAACAAAUACACAGAGCUAAGACUGGUGAGAGAGGGUGGUCUAAGUGUGUGAACGUAACUUACGCCUAUCCUACUCGCAUCUUAUCUUGUGUUUUCUCCUUCAGAGGUGUCUGGCAUCAACAGUAGGCCUUGUUGAUCAAACUGAACAUGUUGUCCAUGAACCACAGAACAGCAAUAAAUGCCAGUGCACUGACAUUCAGGUCUGAUGAUGCUUUUUCGGUUAGACUAUUCCUGAUUUCUUGAAAUCCAAUAAUCACGCAAAAUUAUCAGAACUGUGUCUCGACUGCUCUGUGAACACAAACCAAGCUGAGGUUAAAUCUGUAUUACCCUGUAUACAAUAUUGUAUCAAUCACUCCCUGAAUGCAAAAGACAAACUAGGUGUAAAAACAGACAUAACAGUCAGAGACACUUUAGUCUGUAUGUCUGUAUUUGUAUCUAGGUUUGCUUUCAUAAUUCCUACUCUCCACGAGUACAUAUGAGCCAAAGGUCUAGUUUGUAAAUGUUGCGUACCGUACCCUUCAGAAAUACAUGGACUAAUGUUCAGAUUGAGCGUACCUGGCGUUGGCAUACACUGGGUGUGAAAGGUUGCCAUAUGAAACAAGACACCAGGAAGAGUUCUGAUCUGUGCAAAAGUUUUUGUGCUGCUUCUAAAGUGUGCUAUUCCACAUUCAUUACACAAGGCAUGCCUACAAAACAUUUCCCAGAAUUUUUUGCACAACAAAGGACGACCUAUGUACGAUGCCUGUAGUUAGGAAUUCUCACUACUGCUACAUUUUUAAGAAACAAUGUCAGGUUUCAAUCAUUGCAGGAACUUUAUGAAAUAUAAACUCAUCCACAGAUACCAAAAUAACUGAGCUCCGAAACUUUGGUUCAUUAAUAUGGGAGCAUUGAUAACUGAACUAUGAGGUGUUUUAUGUUUGUACAGUGAAUAUGAAGCUGCAACCAGCAUUGCUUAAAUAAACAUAAAGAGAAAGAAUCUUGAGACAUCUAGGGUGACUCUUAGUCCAAUGACAACCUGACAAGGUCUGACCACCAGCAUGUGAAACAUUCUAAUAAAACAUUGUACCUAAAAACUAAUUGUUAAUGUUGAUUUGACUAAAAUACAAGCCAGGUCAGAUGUACUUGUAACGUUUCCUUGAAGGCAUUUUGUCACUCAACCCGCACAGACGACGUCAGUGUAUACGUCGACUAAAGCUGCCAAAUGAGUUUGUGUUUUCUGUGUUCACAAGAAAACUCUCCAUCAACUUUGUAUGUGGAACUAUGUACUGAAGUAAAAUGUUAAUGUUCAAAUGCGUCAUGAAAGGCUUCAUCCAUUCAUGACACAUUUGUAUUUGGAUUAUAGACAGCAGUUUAAAGAUGGACGCCAUGACAGCUCCUCAAAAGUGAUGCCUAAACUUGUUGAUCUCUGCCUGGUUGCUGUAUAGGUCAUUAAGCCCUGUCUCCUCCACGUUGUUCAAUGGGAUGUGAGCAAAAACAUCAAAGUACACAUGAAAUGAUCUUCCCCAAAGUUGGUUUCUGGCAUGUUACACAGUUAUUGACAUGUCAAUACUAAAUCAAGAGUUCCUUUUUCUGAUGAGCAAUUAUUUGAUGCUAUAAAACAGUGGCUGUGAUUACCUGGGGACUUGCAUCGAAAUGCAGUGUUAACUUUAAAUAGCUUCACUAGCCAAACUGACACAGUGUGUGGAUAAAUACAGUCUGUGCUUCAAACCUGCACGAUGGCGCCGGCAGUAUGCCUGGAUUUUGGGCUUCACUUUGGCCAGUGAGAGGAAUGCUUGGUGACGUUGUUUGUUCACUACAAAAACUGAAACACACAAUACCCCAGUUUUUGCAGUGAAUAAACAAACAGUACAAUGUUAAGUGGAAUUUUGUUAUCUUUGGACAGAGGUCAGUUAGUUGUAGCUAGCUUCGCAUGCAACAGACAGCAAAGUGGCGCCUCAUUAGACUAGCUAAGGCUUGAAAAAAGAAAUAAGAUAAACUUAUUUUCCAAAAUGUUGAAGAAGGACACUGCAACAAGUGCAAUACAUUUCUGAAUUGGAGAAGAACAAAACAAAAAGGAGCAAUGCAGAGGUAGAUGCGUUAGAAGGCAAAACACAAAAGACAUCAUAAAAGUAAAAUGACUGUAUGCUCCUUCCCUUGAUUUUUUUUUUUUUUUUUUUAUUGCCCCUCCUCUCCGUCCGCCAGGCAGACACACCUUCCUUCCUUCCUCCCUUCCUUCCGCGGUCCUCCAGCGUUUCUUACCUUCUUGUCGCUCCUCUCAGCCUCGUUGUCUGCUUAUGAACUUUCACCCCAGCUGCUUGGGAAAUGUCAUACAGGCAGAGGCCCGUGCUGCAGUAGGGGGGCGUAAUAGGAGGGAAAAAAAAUAACAACAUUUUUUUUUUUUUUUUUUUUUUUUUUUUUUUUUUUUUUUUUUACUGCUUCUCACUGCAUCUUUUAUUCGCGUCUCUGCCGUGCAAGUGCCACAUCCCGCUACCAGCAGCAGCAGAAGCAGAGGCAGCAGCCGGCACCGAUAACUAACCGCAGUCUCAAUGCUUAUUUCGCAUUAGGGCUAAUAUAUUUAUAUAUAUAUUUAUAUAUAUAUAUAUAUAUAUAUAAAUAUAUAUAUAUAUAAAUAUAUAUAUAUAAAUCCGUGCCAGACAUGUGAGUAGCAAACCAUCGCUGUCGCUCUCCACUCACGCUUUUGUAUCCUCACUCCAGCAAGAACAAAUGGUCAUUGAACCGUGUCGUGGUGCAUCUGGUGUUGGUGUGCGUGGUGUCGUGGUUGCAUGGCUCGAGUGUGUGCACAUUGACGGGGCAGAUGAAGCCUCGCAGUCGGCUCGUUGUGUCAGGGGCUCUGCGUCGGCUCGGCUAAUUGGGCAAAAAGAAAGCUGUGAUUUUUAUCAUCACCAUCAUUAUUAUUGUUGUUAUUACUAAUUUUCAGCCGCGAAUAGCUCGCAGCGGAGGGAGAGCCCAUUCAGGCAGUGGUCGCAUGAUGAAGAGUGUGAUGUAGCUUUGCUCUUUAGCCUGCUCGCAUUGAUUGGAGGUGGCUGUGAUUUGGUGUGAAGGAGUCUCUCCAGCCUGGUAUCUCCAGUCAGAUGUGGAGGCCCGGGUUAUGGAGCACACAUAAUGCGGCGGUGUUGAUGUGUUUUAAAAAUAAUAAUAAUAAUGAUAAUAAUAAAAUCAGUUUGGAGCCUGUGUGAGAAGCUCAAAGCACUCUGUGAUCACACACACUCACAAAAACUGUUGAUAUUCAGUGCAGUAUUUUCACUGAGAUAAACGUGUGUUUUUCACUCCUGAUCUGAAGAUGCACAGCUGGAAUGAAGUGAUUCUGAGAUUUCACUGAUCGUGUUCACUCCACUUUUACAGUUGAUCCUCAUGUUAUUAUUGUAUUUUGAAGCAUUGUGUUUUUGUCCGUAACUGUGCGUGGGAGAUACCAAAAGGUUCCCUCACUAGCCUUGCAAAGCUUUUAUCCAACUUAUUCUCGUCCUAAAGCUCCUUCGUGUUUUUGCUGUCCUACUGAAAAUUGACUCCAGUGUUGAUGUAUAAAACCUACAGGCUAAAUAAACUGCAUGAAAUUGAAAUGUCACGGCGUGUAGCAGCGCCAGCGCUGAUUCUGUGCAUCCACGACUUUUAACUCAUUUCAUAGACUUCAUUGGCUAAUUGCUCCAUAAUUCAUUCAAAAGUAGGGCAAGUUUCACAAUGUUGAAAACCAGUAAAGAGCUAAAAUACUCCAAAGAGCCGCUUUGUCGGUAUACGGUCUGAUUUUGAAAUGGUCGUAGUUUUAGGGUUUAGGUGAAAGUAAUUCUUAUCAUGUUUUUGUUGAGCUUUUAUUUUGUGAGUGGAAUGAGUGCAACAGGUUCAGCGUCUUGCAUCACGUCAAGUUUUAUGUUUGCCUUCUGCUUUCAGAUUCUUGUAAUGAAAUACACGUCCUCUGCCUCGACCUGAAUUUCUUUGGUGGUUUCAGGGGGGAAUGCGUUAAUCUUCGCCUGAAGAUGUCAGUCCAGCAAACUAACUGGCCCGUGACGGCAAUGCCCAGUAGAAGAUCCUGGGAUUGAGACGUGAAUCCCUUUACCCUGAUGGCCUGGACUGAGUUUCAGCUGGCCUGCUGAAGCUAUGGGGAGCUGUUGGAGCUGUCUGUAUAGAGACCCCAUCCGAGACAACCAUCUCACCAAAUUUAAGGUCACCAAUGUGGAUGAUGAGGGCAACGAGCUGGGCUCUGGUAUCAUGGAGCUCACCCAGACCGAGCUCAUUCUUCACACACGUAAAAGAGACGCCAUCCGGUGGCCGUAUCUCUGCCUGCGACGCUACGGCUAUGACUCCAACCUGUUUUCUUUCGAGAGCGGCCGCCGCUGUCAGACUGGGCAGGGAAUCUUUGCAUUCAAGUGUUCCCGGGCAGAAGAGAUUUUCAAUCUGCUCCAGGAGCUGAUGCAAUGUAACAGCAUCAACGUGGUGGAGGAGUCAAUGAUGAUGAGUCGCGGUGGCCACACACCAGAGAUGGACAUGUCUCGCACACCACAGACUCCCAACACUCCAGCAUUUCCUGUCCAAGCUUUCCCAAAUGGAUUCCCUGGUUAUCCAAUCAGAGGCGAAUCCUCCCAACCCUCUCUUGCCGAUGAUCAUGGACAUAGCCUCAUGGGUCUGGAAGACCAGACCCACACUUAUGUAAAUACCGUGAGUAUGGAGGGGGAUCUCUCUAUGCGCCACUGUGUGCACUCUCUACCUGAAGUACGGCCCAGCACCUUUCCUGAAACAACGCGGGGAGCCAUGCCUGUCGGGGGCCAAGGAAAUCCACCGUCCAACCUGCGCUGCUGUCCCCUUGAGGAACAUAAAGAUCCCCAGGUGUUCAUGCAGCCCUCUUCGCAGGAGGUCAAGUUCAUGCUGGGCCCCACUCCAGCACAGCGCCAUCUGCUGGAGAGAGAGAGGGAGAGAGAGAGGGAGAGGCAUGGGCUCAAUCCUCACAACCUUCAGCCAGUAGAGGGUGCUGCAGGCUCAGAGACGGAAGGGGACGAGCCGUCUAUGCACCUGUGCAACUCUCACUCCUAUCACCAUUUCCAUCACCACAUGCACCGGCACCCGGGCCACGAGCAUCCGGACGGCUGCCAGGGCACCGAGCUCACCUACGAGAACAUCAACGGCCUGCGGAGCGGCCGCAAGCAGCGCCUGAGUCCCAGCAGCGUGUCGCAGUCUGUGGGCUCAAGCAGCAGCAGCAGCACUGGAGACAGCCACUCCCACUCCCUCCUGCACUCGCACACCCACGGCGGCUCAUCAUCUUUGCCCCCGCAGGGCUACCCCUGUGAGAGAGGCAUGGGCGGAGGCCAUCGACGGACAGCUCUGCUCAACUACGAGAACCUACCGUCUCUGCCCCCGGUGUGGGAGUACAGCGCUCUGCAGCGGGACGACGAGCAGGAGGAGGACGAUGACGAUCAGGACGAGGAGGAGUACGAGGAAGAAGAGGAAGACUUUGAUGAGUACGAGUUCUCGGAAGGCCCUGGGACGCCCAAUGGGUACCACCAGGACAGUCGGGGCAUCCACAGAGAUGCCCUGCAGAACUAUGUCAACACAGAGCAGGUCCAGCCUUCUCGGCUACGACACGCCUGCCCCCCGCACCCACGGCCGUGUCAGCCAGACAGAGGGGGGCGCAUAUUUAGUUUUGAUUUCCGCAGACGAUCGAGGUCAGGGGUUGGAGGCUGUGAGCACGGCCACAUGCCUCCAUCGCGGCAGCUGAAUUACAUCCAGGUGGACCUGGAGGGAGAGCCUCCCUGCCAGGGCCUCAGCAGCGGGGGUGCCCAGAACCAGCCACAGCACCAGCGCCUACCACCCAAAAAAUGUGGUCCGCAGGCACCCCGGCGCAGUGAAUGCUACGCCGUCAUCGACCUAAAGAAGACCGCUGCCAUGUCCAACCUGCAGAAAGCUCUGCCCAGGGAUGAUGGGACUUCCAGAAAGACUCGCCACAACAGCACAGACCUGCCUCUGUAAACGGUGUUCAAACUGAAGAGGAGCGAUGAAGACAGAUGAAGGCUUAUCCUCAUUUUAGCACACUGGACCCUUCACUUCAUCCAUCCAUUCAACUGUCGGGGCUGACUAAUACAGUACAGGUACCUAAUUAGAAACUUACUGAAACCUAUCUGUGCAUAUAAGAGGAAAUGAGGAAUCUCCGAGGAGAAUUUGCCAUUUUAUUCUGUGUUCUUUAUCAGACAUUUGAUGUGAAGCUCUCUUGAGAAAUCUGCAGUUUUUACUGCAAAUCAUGUUUGCUGGAUAUGAGUGUUUAUAUAUAUAUAUAUACAAAUAAGCAUAAAGUCUCAUAUAUAUAUAUAUAUUUAUGUAUAUGAGACUUUGUGCUUAGCUAUGAAUAAGCAGAGAGCUGGGUUUUCAGUGGAAGCAGUCAUACUGUAUUAGCAAAAUUUUAGGUCCCAGAACCAUCUACAAUCACGGAUAUUAUUGCUCGUACCAUUAACUUUCAUCCAUGAGAUUAUUUUGUUGUUUUUUUUGUUUUUGUUGUUUUUUUACUUGAACACUCCGAGCGUCAGAGAUGUGACCCUCUUUACAGCAGACGUGGAGUAGUUGUUGGCAUGAAGGAAGGUUAGUGGUUCCUCCCAGAUACUGGCCAAUGCUCAUACCUCAUCGCAAGCACUUAAGUCUGAAGUUGUGGCUAGUAGAAGAGGCCAUUAUUUGUUACUGUAUGCUCACAGAGCAUUUUGCACACAAUCCUAUGGAAUUGUAUUUUAUCAUAUUUUGGGGAUCGUUUCAUCCAAUCCAAGUUGAAAAAUAAUGGGAUUAAAUGAACAGAUUGUGACAUUUGGAGAAUUGUACUAAACUGAAUGACGGUGAAAGUAGCACACAUGGAUUAAAUGGGCUUUGGCUCCCUGCUAUCGGCAUGCAGCAAUUGUAAAAGUAGCAUAUCAUCUUCAAACGCGCCUCCUGCGUUUCAUCCCAGACCUGCGGGAGGUUCACGCUUGUCACGUUGCACUUUUGACCCUGGGCCCCUGAAAAGCUCACUACUCCCACGCCACUGGAGCGUACAGGUCAUGUUCUUUACCAAAAAUAACCAAGGGGGGCCAAAUAUUCCGUGGACAUUCUCAGACAGCAAUGUAGAUAGGGUUUAUUUAAAUCUUCUUGACGGAGACGCCGAUAACCUCAAAUAGUGGCAUUAAGCUAUAACCUCACAGGAGACGUGCGGGGCCUAUGAUUUGUCAGUUGAUCAGGUGUGAAUGGUCUGUUUUAAAGAGUAUCAAGUAAAGUCUCGUGAGGCUAUUCGUCAACCUUCUCACUCAGAUAUUUAUUUAUUUAUUUCACUCUUAUUUAUUCAUACUUUUUAAAAAAAAAAAAAUAAUUGUAAUCAUUUU